CCUCAGCACUGCCACUUUGAUUGAAAGGGAGCCAAUUGAAUCGGGCAGUCCGUUGAUGCAGGCACUUUGGGAGCAAGCAUCGUGCAACCAGUUGGCGGUACCUUAUAAGUACCAAAAAGUCGCUGCAUUGAUCGUGCAUUGGGCGAAGUACCUCGACGAGGAUCUCGACUGCGAAAGUGAGUCCAAAGAAUUGCAUGAUCUUUUCGAAAAGCGUUUCAAGUUCAAGUCAACGAUCCUGAAGUUGGAUAGCAACCGUGAUCCCCAGCGACAGCUCAGACGUGGUCUGGAUACUCUGGUACUAGAUCACGACGGGCCAUGCCGAAAUAACUUACUGAUUGUAUACUACUCGGGCCACGGCCUGGCCGAACCCAGCAAGGGCCUCUACAUCACUGGGAAAGAGAACUAUAAUCCCGAUAAGUCAGCGCCCGGGCACGGAUAUUCCCCCCACGCGAGCUGGAACGAAGCCGAGGCCAUUCUCCAAGACUCCUCCGCCGAUGUCCUGACAAUUAUCGACUCGUGCUCCGCCGGCAGUAUCUGGAAAGACGCCGCCACCAAAGACCGAUCCUGGGAAGUCCUCGCAGCUUCCAACCGCUGGGAUCCCACCGCCGCCCCCGGCCCUCACUCCUUCACUCGCGCACUCAUUGACUCCCUGACGGCGCGUCUCGACGCCCAUCCCGACCAACUUUUCUCCGUCUUCCAACUCCACGACGACAUUAUGAAAAGACGCAACGACGAACGCUCCGUCUUCCGCACCCGCCACGGGCUCAAUCAGCGAUACAUCAAACUUGCCAAAUUGGACGUCCGAUCUUCCCACCACGACGAAGAAGACCUUCCCGCAUAUACCCGCGAAGCAGCAUUCAUGACGUUGCGUCUGUCAUUUGGGAACCGAUCGCAUCUUCCCGACGAACAACUCAAGAAUCUCGCGAGAGGGAUUUCUCGAGCUGCGGCGGAGGCGGAAUUGGGAAUUAAUAAAAUUGACCUUGUGGAAUUUCGGGAGAUAGAGGGCUGGUGUCGGCUCAGUAGUGUGGUGAAACUUUGUAGUGCGGUGAGGAAGGCUCAACGGUUGUGGAGAGGGAGGGCUGCAAGGUCGGAGCUGAAGAGGCAGAGGGAUGAGGAGGUGGAGGAGGUGGUUGAUGAUGCUGGGGAUGGUUUUGGUGGUGUUGAUGAUGAGGCAGAGUUAUCGAGGUUGCACGUGAAGCGUGUACGGACGGAUAGUAAGCUGUUGCCGCGAGACGGGAUGAUGACGAGGGUGGGGAUUGAACCGCCUUCGCCUUCGCCUUCGAUGGGGAGUGAUUAGUUCUCUUUCUUGUGUUUCUUUUUGUGGAUACGAUAGAUACAGUCUUGGGUUCCAGAAACCAAGAGGAUAGAUACCUGAUAUCAUGAACGCUUGUGUAUUUUUUUUCCAGAGACAUGUACCCCACCCCCCCAUAAAUUUUGAAGCCCCCAAUUGAGAACUCGACCCUUUUGAUUUUGUUUUCCAAUAUUGUCUAACCCUUCACAUCCGACAACUCCCCUCUCAACGCACUCAAUGACGGCGAAAAGAAAUACUCUCCUCCCUUGGGAAUCACGAAGCGAUUGAUACCCGACACGU